UCCUUUCGUAUUGGCUUCCGGAGUCCUGACCUAGAUAACUUGUUAAACCCCUCUUAAACCCUAAUCUCGCACUCUCUGUCAACCAGAACUGGAAACCUUAAAAUCCGGGUCCUAAUGCCCAUCGAACUGCUGCCGCAUCUCCAGCUCCUCAAACAUUCUAUUCCUUCGAUGAGGCUCGGACCCUCCGUUCAUUCAUCUCGGGCCAUACCCAUUUUAUCCCGUGUAUUCCCAUUCAAGCUCAGAUACAAUGCUUUAGGCCCUCAGUUAUGUAACCAAUUCCGUGUACGGCGUUUUACGACUCGGUCAUUCCGGCCAAGAGCUGGAUCGAGUUCGGAAUUCAGCCGUGGUGGCAGAGACAGAGGAGGAGAGGUUCGUGUUUCGAAGAGUCUCGUCGAUGACGAGGCCGAGCUCAGUGACUGGGUUAGCGGUUUGAGAAAGACUGACUCGUUUCGUGGUCGAGUUGCUAGUAAUGACGAUGACUUGAAUGAUAGAGGCCGCGAUAGGGGGAAGAGCAGAGAUAGGGGUGGAGAGAGGAAUCGAGAUUCAUUUGCGUUGAAGAGGAAAAGGGAGAGUGACUCUGACGAGUUCCGCCAGCCAAGUAGAGGGAGAACGAGGAAUUCGUUUGAGUCUAGGAAUCGAGAUUCACCUGCAAUGAAGAUGAGAAGAGAGAGUGACUCUGGCGAGCGGAGUAGAGGGAGAAGUAGCAAUUCGUUUGACUCGAGGAAUUCACAAGGAACGAAGAGAUUUGAUUCUCGGUCUAAUGGUGGCGACCUUUCCUUUCAAAGAACAACUCGCGGAAUGGGGAACAAGCAGAGAAAGCUUAAGCAAUCAAGCCAUGAUGAUGACUGUGGCAAUGAUGAUGAGGAGUUGCAGAGCUUAAGGGCUGGCUUUCAGGGUUUGCUUAGUGAGGACACUGAGGAGGAGAGUGACGAUGGUGAUGAUGAUAUUUUAAAAAAGAGUAGAGGUUCUUUGUUUGGAAUGGAUAAGGAAGUUACCGACAAUGGUACACCCAGUUCUCCUGAAAAGUCAGACUCUUACUUAAGUGAGACUAGAUUCGAUCAGUGCUCUGUUUCCCCUUUGUCAUUAAAAGGGAUAAAGGAUGCUGGUUAUGAGAGGAUGACUUUGGUACAAGAGGCAACUCUUCCAGUUAUACUCAAAGGUAAGGAUGUUAUGGCCAAGGCUAAAACAGGAACUGGAAAAACUGUUGCAUUUCUGCUUCCGUCAAUCGAAGUUGUUUCCAAAUCACCACCUGUUAGUCGUGACCAAAAGCGACCCCCUAUUUUUGUUCUUAUAAUAUGCCCCACUAGGGAGCUUGCAACUCAAGCUGCUACAGAAGCUAACAAAUUGCUGAAGUAUCACCCUUCCAUUGGUGUUCAAUUUGUGAUAGGCGGAACAAGACUUCCUCUAGAACAGAAACGCAUGCAAGCAAACCCUUGCCAGAUUCUUGUCGCCACACCUGGAAGGCUCAGAGACCAUAUUGAGAAUACUGCAGGAUUCGCGACAAGGCUGAUGGGUGUCAAAGUCCUUGUACUUGAUGAAGCUGAUCAUCUGCUAGACAUGGGAUUUCGUAAAGAGAUUGAGAAAAUAAUUGCUGCUGUUCCAAAACAGCGACAGACUCUAUUGUUUUCUGCCACAGUUCCUGAAGAGGUACGUCAAAUUUGUCAUAUUGCUUUGAAAAGAGAUCACGAAUUUAUUAAUGCUGUUGAAGAGGGCAGUGAGGAUACGCACUCACAGGUCAGACAGAUGCAUAUGGUGGCUCCACUAGACAAGCAUUUCCCCCUACUUUAUGUUUUAUUAAAAGAUCACAUUGCUGAUAAUAUUGACUAUAAGAUUCUUGUAUUCUGCACAACCGCCAUGGUCACAAAACUGGUGGCUGACCUUCUUGGUGAGCUGAACUUGAAUGUCAGGGAAAUCCAUUCCAGAAAGCCUCAGAGUUAUAGAACACGUGUGUCUGAAGAAUUCAGGAAGUCAAAAGGUCUUAUUCUUGUUUCUUCGGAUGUUUCUGCUCGUGGAGUUGACUAUCCAGAUGUUACUUUUGUCAUACAGGUCGGUGUGCCUGCUAGUAGAGAACAGUAUAUUCAUCGACUUGGUCGAACUGGGCGUAAAGGGAAAGAAGGGGAAGGGAUAUUGUUACUGGCACCUUGGGAGGAAUUCUUUCUGGCUUCCGUAAAGGAAUUACCAAUAACGAAAGCUUCUGUGCCUUUGAUAGAACCAGACACUAAGAAAAAGGUUGAACGGGCGUUAUCCCAUGUAGAGAUGAAGAACAAAGAAUCAGCCUACCAGGCCUGGCUCGGCUACUACAAUUCCAACAAGAAUGUGGGCAGGGAUAAAUACAAGCUGGUGGAGCUUGCAAAUGAGUUCAGUCGAAGUAUGGGACUUGACAACCCUCCAGCCAUCCCUAAGCUUGUCCUUGGCAAGAUGGGUCUCAGGAACAUCCCCGGCUUGCGCACAAAAUAGAUGAGCAAGCAGUUCAUCCAGUUGAUCGGAUUUUCAUUUUUGUCAAUACUCUCGGAAAUGAUUCUUUUCUAAGAUUCACAUAGGAUACAGAUAUGAAUUUGUCAAGCAAAACUAUGCUAAAAGUGAUCAAUUACAUUUUUCUUUCAUGAAAAAAAUGCUGCUGUAUAUUAUGUAGUCAAUUGUUUCAUCUGUAGCAAGUCACCCCACUGUUUACAUACCUGUUACUUUUGAUUGUAACUUGCAAUAGUUUUGGUAGUUGGAAUGAAGAGAGAGCCAAGAAAUGGGAAGAA